CGGGACGGGACCGGCGAGGCCGCCCAGGUGCGAAGGCGGCCAGCGGGUUCCCACCGUCCCACCGCCGCUCGGAGCCCCGGGAGAGCCUGCCUUUCUGCCUUUCUGCCUUUCCGCCUUUCCGCCUGCCUGCCAUCACCAUGGAUCCAGCGCCCAGCCGGCCGGGGCGCCCCGCGCUGCCCUCCUUGCCCCGGCUGCUGCUGCUGCUGCUCCUCCCGGCCGCCCUGCUCCGCGACGCCUCCUCCCAGCCCGCAGCUGACCACCCACUGAAGCCAAGAAAUGUGAAACUGCUGCCCACUAAGAGGGGCAUAAAAGUCACGUGGAAACCACCCCAGGAUUCAACCACUAGACCCGUGGAGCAUUACAACAUUGCCUAUGGGAAGUCCCUGAAAAGCCUUAGCUACAUCAAGGUGAAUUCGGAUACACAUUCCUUCCUUAUUGAGGAUGUAGAGCCUGGGGUAGUGUAUUUUGUGCUGGUUACUGCAGAGAACUACAGUGGAGUGAGUCGUCCGGUUUACAGAGCUGAAAGUCUUGCUGGAGGUGAAUGGAUCAAGAGUGAUGGUUUGGCCAUUAAGGGUCCAGGACCAUUUAAUGGAACCAUUUCAGAAAAAGACGUGCCAAACAAACCUUUGAGAGUUCGCGUCCGAUCUUCUGAUGACAAACUCUCCGUUCAAUGGAAAGCACCACGUUCAUCAGGCAUUAAGAGUCCGCGGAGAUCUCAAGGUUUUCUCCUGGGCUAUGGUGAAAGCGGUAGGAAGAUGAAUUAUGUUCCACUGGCAAAAGAUGAGCGAACGCAUGAAAUUAAAAAACUAGCUUCUGAGUCAGUGUACGUGGUUUCGCUCCAGUCAAUGAAUUCCCGAGGGCAGAGUCAGCCAGUGUACAGGGCUGCUUUAACCAAGAGAAAAAUUGCAGAAGAGGAUGAUCUGGAUGAACCUAAAGACAUAAGUGUUCGAGUCAUGUCAUCUCAAUCUGUGCUUGUGGCAUGGAUGGAUCCUAUUUAUGAAAAACAGAAGAAGACUGUUGCAUCUAGGCAGUACACUGUGCGCUAUCGAGAAAAAGGGGAAUCGGCCAGGUGGGAUUAUAAACAAAUUUCCACCCGACGAGCCUUGGUGGACGACCUGAUUCCAGAUACAAUGUAUGAAUUUGCAGUCCGCAUUUCACAAGGUGAAAGAGAUGGCAAAUGGAGUCCAUCUGUCUUUCAAAGGACCCCAGAAUCCGCACCGACCACCGCACCUGAAAACUUGGAUGUCUGGCCCAUGAAAGGCAAACAAGGAUCUGUCACUGCAACCUGGGACCCACUUCCAGAAACAGAGGGAAAAGUCAAAGAAUACAUUCUUUCAUACGCCCCGGCUCUCAAACCGUUCGGAGCAAAGUCCCUUACCUAUCCUGGAGUGGCUACUUCUGCCGUAGUUGAUGGUCUGCAGCCUGGGGAACGCUAUCUUUUCAAAAUACGGGCAGCAAACAGGAGAGGACAGGGCCCUCAGUCUAAAGCCUUCAUUGUCACUUUGCCAACAACCAGGACCAGCGUACCCACUGUUUCUCAGAAAGCUACCAAAGAAGAUAAUUUGAAACCAGACAAAUCAGAACCUUUACCCUCUUCUCAAAAAAUCCCACACCCACCUUCCUCUAAACCCACUCAUUCAUCCCUUUCUUCCCAUGUUAGGGAUGCAAAGAGUCUCAUUCCCGAGUCAAAGAAUAAGUUUGGAGCCGCAAGUAAAAGUGACUUAUCAACCCAAAGCCCAGCAGAGUCAGAAUUGGAUCUCCAGUCCACCAGACUCACAGAUGAUGACCUGGUUUCCAAUUCAGGCUCCCUAGCAUCUUCCCCUAAGCCCCAUGAUAAUAGGAGAAAUGCUAGGCCUCCAUCAUCGAGUCGAUCUUUUCACUCAGUCCUAGGCCCCGGAAGAACCCCAGUUAGAGCUCGCAUCCCAGUAAGCGCCCCCAAGGCAGAAACAGACACCCCCCAGUCAUCUUCAUCCUCUAACCCCAGGUACACCGAUAACGAAACGAGGCAGCCGAGUUCCCCUCGUACUGCUUCGGAGAAGGCACCUUCUGAAAAUGUGAAGAAGGAUCCAGAAUCUGAGCAGUCUCGUUUAGCCGGAUCGGCUGAUCCACAAUCUACCGCACGUGCUUCUCAAGCCAGAAGCCGCGAAGGUGGGAAUGGGAAACUGCAUCUCCCGGCUCGGACAAAUUCUCAGGCCAGAUCCCCAGGACUUUUUAAAGUGAGCUCCAGCCCCCACAAAACACCUCAUGCACAACCUGAUCCAGCCGAGUCAUCCCCUCCGAGCAUCCCCUCAGCGGCCCGCGAGGAACACGACAGUGAAGAAAGAGAGGAUUGGGAUGAAAAGCCAAGUUCCUCUUCCCCAGCACCCAGACUUUCUUCCCCUGGAGGGGCAUCCCGACUUCUCUCCCCCAAGCUUCACCCUGGUUCUCCCCAUUCCCGUUGGCUGAAAAACGGGCAGGGCGUGAGCAGAGCUAACUAUGCUGGGCUGUCCCAGUCCUCUGCCCAUUCUCCGACCAAUCCCGUCCACUCACACAUCUCCUCUGGUAGGAGGACCGGAGGGGCUGAGAGGGGAGAUGGUGAGGGCGAAGAUGAGAAUGGAGAAAUUAGGGGGAAACAGACAGCUCCUUCCUCCCCUGCCUCUCGUCCUCGCUUGCCGGCUGGCCGCUUUAGUUUCCCUAGACACAGGCCAUUUGCAGCUAGCAAUAGGUACCCCAACAGGAUUCACUCUAAUUCUCGCCUAAGUUCCGUGCACCGAUCUACUCCAACCAUUGAGAGAGGUGAUGAGGAUGAGGAAGAGCCCCUCCUUUCCACUGCUGACAGCGACCAUACGCCUUCCUCCCCUAAGCAGCAUUCAUCACUGGGCUUGGACCACGCAAGAAGGAUUCCCCAGAGAGUGUCGAAUGCUCACCGAACAGUGACCCCCUCUGAGAAUGGGUCCAAUGUUCCUAAAAGGGUGUUAAGUAGCCAGGACCCAAGAUCAAAAUCUACUGCGGCCGCUUCGGAAAAGCAGUCUUCCUACCCCGUCUCAACUUCCAAGCAGCAGUUUUCCAACCCUAACACUAAGGAAGAACAACAUCCAAUCUCCAAAUCCAGGCAAAUGCUCCCUUUAUCUGAGCGCUCUCGCCCCUCUUCCCAAGAAAGUAUGUUUUCUAAUGCCAACUCUCCUAAUAAAAUGAAAAUGGAGCAGCCAUCUCCAGGGAAACCUAGGGGUCACCUCCCGGAAGGAGGUGCUCUCGAAACCGAGGAAGAAUCAGAAAAUAUAAAUGGCGACAACCAGGACUAUAGCUCUGAAAUAGAUGACCGGGAUGGAAGGGGAAAUGCCCAUCUUGAAGAUCCCUCUACUUCUCGGUUGCCUUCUACUUUACCCCGGGGGAACCCUGACCGAUCUCUUUCCAAACCUGAGCGGGCCGGAGGUCAGGAUGGAAAUAAUAAUGAAAAGCAUAAAAGCAAAACUGACUCUGUGCCUUCCUCCAGAGGAUCCAGCCCAGCUCUGCCAGCCAACAAACCAAGCAACUCCAGGAUAGCACCUGCAAAAUCAAACCUGCCCAACCAUCAUUCCCGCUCCCGAGUUCCUAGCAGAACCGUAUCCCAAGGGGAGAGAAAGGAUGGCUCAUUUCAGUCCACCCCAUCUAAAAUGGAAGAUGCUUCCAAGAUUCCGCUGUUGUCCUUACCUAAGUCUCGACAGUCAGUCUCAAAUGAUGAUGAUGAUGAUGAUGCCGCCAACAAAGAUGAUUACCACGAUCAUGACAGCAGACGGAAAGAGGAAGAUCCUGACCCUUCUGCCUCAAAGUGGUCCCAUCCUUCUGUUUCUGGAGACAGUAAAUAUGCAGACGAAAAUGUCGGUAAGGAGAAGAUGAAGUCCAUUGCCUCCCGCCUUCCCCAUAGGGUAAAAUCUGAUAGAAAAGAAGACUCUAUUCCUUUAAAACGUCCUAUCCCUCCAGUGUUGGGCAGCUCUUCAAGAGCCGCCCAGAUUCCCCCCAAACCAAAUGCCCCUUCUAAAUCUCCUUCACCCACGCCCCAAUCUUCUGUUCCUCAGAGAUCCAUCAGCAGCACACCCUCCCAGGGGUCUCUCACUCACUCCACUCCUUCCCCAAUCACCCCUAUGCUCUCCUUACGUCAGAGGAUGAUGAACUCAAGAUUCCGAAAUCCACCUGCUCGACCCUUUGUGAGACCGCCUUACAGACCAGGUUAUAAUGGCAGACCAAAUCUAACCACCAAACCAAAUGGAGAUGGGAAAGUCUUUUCUGGAACUAAUGGAAAACCAAAUGGACAGAGAAUAAUCAAUAGUCCCCAAGGAACCAAGUGGGUGGUAGAUCUUGACCGGGGAUUAGUAUUAAAUGCCGAAGGGAGAUUCCUCCAAGAUUCACAUGGAAACCCACUUCGGGUUAAACUAGGUGGAGAUGGGCGAACCAUUGUUGACAUGGGAGGAACCCCAGUGGUCAGUCCUGAUGGACUUCCCUUGUUCGGACAGGGAAGGCACGGUAAACCCCUAGCCAGCGCACAAGAUCGGCCUGUGCUAAGUCUUGGAGGCAAGCCCUUGAUGGGUCUGGAAGUGAUAAAAACAACCAAACCUCCUCGAGCUACAUCCAAGACUCCUCGAACUACAACCAAACCUCUUCAAACUACAUCCAGACCACCUCGAACUACAUCAACAACUCCUCCCACCACCACCACCACCACGACUACGACCACCACUACCCAUGAGCCAACCACACCAAUGCCCACCUGCCCCUCUGGCACCUAUGCCCAGUAUGAUGAUGAUGGCAAAGUAGUAAUGGACCAGGAUGGCAAGCCCGAAUGCUACUCUGAAGAUUCAACGGACAACUUCUCGGGGUUGGACACAGAUAAGGCAGAAGGCACCGAAGAAGACUACGUAGUUUAUGAUGAAGAUUAUGGGUUUGAGAGGACAUCGCUCUCAAUGACCACCAAACCUUCAACGACCACCAAGCCUUCAACCACCACCAAGCCUUCAACCACCACCAAGCCUUCAACAACCACCAAGCCUUCAACAACCACCAGGUCUUCAACAACCACCAGGUCUUCAACAACCACCAGGCCUUCAACAACCACCAAGCCUUCAACUAUUGCAGCCCUACUUAGAAUCGAGUCACCAGAGGGAUCAAUUAGCUCUUUUCCAGAGCAAGAAUUUGACCUGGCUGGAAAGAAAAGAUUUGUUGCUCCAUAUGUGACCUAUCUCAAUAAGGACCCAACUGCCCCCUGCUCUCUGAAUGAAGCGCUGGAACACUUCCAAGUGGAAAGCCUGGAUGAAAUCCUUCCCAAUGACCUGAGGAAGACGGGGCUGCCCCCUCAGGAAGCUCCUCGCAACAUCACGGUGGUGGCCGUGGAAGGCUGUCACUCUUUUGUCAUCGUGGACUGGGCCAAACCUACCCAGGAUGAUGUAGUCUCAGGUUACUUGGUUUACAGUGCAUCUUAUGAAGAUUUUAUCAGAAACAAGUGGUCAACCCAAACUUCAGGAGCAACCCAUUUGCCAAUUGAAAACCUGAAGCCAAAUACAAGGUAUUACUUUAAAGUGCAAGCAAAAAAUCCUUAUGGUUAUGGACCUGUCAGUUCUUCCGUCUUCUUCGUUACAGAAUCAGAUAAUCCAUUGCUCAUUGUUCGGCCACCUGGGGGUGAGCCCAUCUGGAUCCCAUUCACUUUUAAGCAUGAUCCCAGCUACACCGAGUGCAGCGGCAAGCAGUAUGUGAAGCGGACUUGGUACCGGAAGUUUGUCGGGGUUGUUCUCUGCAAUUCUCUGAGGUACAAAAUCUACCUCAGUGACACUCUGAAAGGUACAUUCUACAGCAUUGGAGACAGUUGGGGGAGAGGUGAAGAUCACUGCCAGUUUGUGGAUUCGCAUUUGGAUGGAAGAACGGGACCUCAGAACUAUAUAGAAACCCUGCCUACUAUUCAAGGUUACCACCGUCAGUAUCGUCAAGAACCCGUGGGAUUCGGACACAUCGGUUUCGGGACAUCGUAUUACUACGUAGGCUGGUAUGAAUGUGGUGUCCCCAUUCCUGGAAAAUGGUGACCAGGUGACUCUCAGCCUACAAGUCUACCACAGGGCCCAACCCAAUCAGAUCCUUGAAAUAAAUUUCACCCCAGGGGGGCUGGGAGCAGCUGGUUUGGGGAAAGGAAUCAAGUAAAACUUCAUCAGAGACCUUCCUAAUCACAGCUGCUCAAGAGAUCUUCAGCCAAAAUUCCCUACAUUUCUGUCAUCUUCAAUCUGAGCUGCUGUUUUAUUUGGUUGCUUUGGGAGCACCAACAGCAUUCAAGUUAGAUGUGCGGCUUUUCUUCCCUGGGUUCUCAAAAAUAAACGCACAGAAAUAAGCAGCUGCAAUGGAUCCAAUCUUGGCUCCAAGGAACUUUCUAACUCUAUUAGUCCCAAAAUGUGGAAGUCAUACAAAACAUGCAAGUUCCCUAUAUUUUGCAAGAACAACCUAAGCAUGCUCUAAUUGCUUCAAUGAACGCUAAUCAGUUUCCAUCAUUGUUGAUGGACUCCGCUGUACUUGGCAAAGACUCUUUUUUUAGGUUUCAUAUUUUUUUCUAUGCAACAUUGCUGAGCUACUAAAAACUACCACCAAAGGCAAAUGUAUUCUACUUAGGACUCGCCCGCCGCUGGAUCAAAUACACCAAAUCAUGUCAUGUAAAUUCACAUGUUUUAUAUGUAUAUGUCCGCAAGAACAUUAUUUAGAAUCGCUAAGGUUUAUCUCGUAUCUAGAUAAGUGUGUCGAAGGUUUUUCAGUACCAGGUGCUGUUUGCAGAUCUUUUUAUUUUUCUGUGGAACAUGUACUAUGCACAAUACACUAACUGUGGAAAGGA